AUGGCUUUCAAACCCAAGAGACAUUUGAAAGUUAUCAAUAAUUUAAAAGACUUAGAUUUGAAUGCCUCUGAUUUGAUACAUGACUGUUCCUGCUCUUUGUGUAAAGAUGACUAUCACAACACCGAGGCCAAGUAUUUCUGCGGGGACUGCUCUAAAUAUUACUGUGACAAGUGCCUGACAUUUCAUGCAAAAGUCCACAAAGAGCAUAUUGUGCUGGGCCGUAAGGAUGUAAACAAAUGGUCGGGAAAAGGAGACGCCAUCUAUAUGUGCGAUCUUCACCCUUCGAAAGUCAUGGAGCUGCACUGUGACGAUCACGAUGAGCUUUGUUGUCACCUCUGUGUAUCACUGAACCACAGGAUGUGCCGAAGCAUUACAUUGAUAUCGGACCUGGCCAGGGGUAACAACCAGCCUGACCCAGGUGAGAGACGUCAGAAAGAAAAAAAACAGAACUCCCUGAAGGCUUCAGGCAAGUCCAUGCUGACAAAGGUCAAGGCCCUGAGGACAUCACUGAACCAGCUGCUAGAUGAGCUUGAGAAGAGGACAGUGGAAGAGAUAGACAGUGUCCUGGCUGACCUAGAUGGGUCACUACAGAAGGACAUUGAUGCCUGCACAAACAUACACGACCAGCUUAAGGCUCUCUUGGACACUGUCCAAGCCAAGGACGAUGACAGUGAGUCCACCUUCUACAUUGGUUACAGAAAAUGCCAGGACAAGAUGACAGAGGCCAACAGACUACUUCAGGAUAUGUCCACCAAACAAAAGAUGACGGUCAUUUUCCAACCUUCUACCAACGCUCUACAACUGCUGUCUGACUUGAAGACACUCGGACACAUGAAAGGGAAUGCUGAAAUUAAUGGCCAACAUAAUUUGUUUGGCAUGCAAUCAUCUGGACAAGUUAAUCCAUUAUUGGAUAUAUCCAAAGUCUUCAAGAUGAAAGCGAAGAAAAAAAUCAAUGUGAAAUUAAAGUCAGACAAAGAAUACUGUCAUAUAACUGGAAUCACUGUUCUUUCAAGAGGUGAGAUUAUUCUUGUAGAUUAUGUAAGUAGAAAAGCAAAAAUGUUGGACAGUAAUUACAAGGUCACUGCCCACUGUGAUCUCCCUAAGUAUACACAUGCUCUCUGCAGUAUCUCAGACCAAAAAGUGGCUGUCACUGUAAACUGUGGAGGUGACACUGUGAGACAUGAGGUCCACUUUCUCACUGUGUCAGCUGGCACCAUUAAGAUGACUAGGAAGUUCUCAGUUGACCAUGGCUGUUACUCUAUCAGUCACCAUGGGGGUGUGCUUUAUGUGGGCUCGGCCACUGCCCUGUACCUCUACACCACAGCUGGCAGGCUUGUGAGGAAAAUACAUGAAGAUAACUCUGAUAACUCCACAGUGAAUCAAUUUGCGUUUAGCACAGAUGGCAGGAAGAUCUUUAUUCCAGCCUCCGGUCAGAACAAGAUAGUCACCAUGGACACUCAGGGCAACAUUCUGUCCACACUACGGGACACGAGCUUUAACUGGCCUUGUUGUGUACAUGUUAGUGAGAGUGGACACGUGUUUGUAUGUUCAUCAGACUCCCACACAGUGGUGCAGUUUGACGAGGAAGGCAAGAAGAAGAUGACAACAUUAAUCAGGGAGGGAGAUGGUAUCAACCAUCCACGGACAAUCUGGUACAAUCCCCGAACUGGUAGGCUUAUCGUUGGUGGGAACCAAGAUGACAUUCUGGUGGUGGAACUCCAGUAGUGACUGACAGUCAAUGGAAACAUAUGAAUGAAGCACACUUACAUGGGGGAAAAAGGUUAAUAAUGUGGUGAAUGAAAACUUAUGAAAAAAGUGGUAGAAAGUAUUACAUUUUGUGUGAUUCUCAAUUUGAUUACUUGUUG